ACAAUGGCCACYCUUCUCAUCACCCUUGCGGUGGUUAUCGUUUCUUUAAGCUUGCCGUCAUUGACCACCGCUGACUACCCCCAUUCACCUCCACCACCUAAGAAAUCCCCACCACCACCACCUCCUCCUCAUUAUGUUUACAAAUCACCACCACCACCUCCUCCGGUUUACAAGUCACCCCCACCACCCGUUUACAAAUCACCCCCACCACCUCCACCGGUUUAUAAGUCACCACCACCUCCUACACCAGUUCACAAGUCUCCACCACCACCAAAGAAACCCUAUGUAUAUAAGUCACCACCACCCCCAACCCCGGUGCACAAGUCACCGCCACCACCAAAUAAACCUUAUGUAUACAAGUCACCACCACCCCCAACCCCGGUGCACAAGUCACCGCCACCACCAAAGAAACCUUAUGUAUACAAGUCACCACCACCCCCAACCCCGGUCCACAAGUCACCACCACCACCAACCCCGAUCCACAAGUCACCACCACCACCAAAGAAACCUUAUGUAUACAAGUCUCCACCACCAUCAUCCCCGGUUUACAAGUCCCCACCACCACCAACCCCCGUCCACAAGUCACCACCACCACCAAAGAAACCUUAUGUAUACAAGUCCCCCCCACCACCUACGCCUGUGUACAAGUCUCCACCUCCACCAGCACCAGUUCACAAGUCUCCACCACCUCCUUCACCUAAGAAACCUUACGUACACAAGUCCCCGCCACCGCCGGUGAAGAAGUCGCCACCCACACAUUAUUUCUACAGUUCACCACCUCCUCCUCACUAUUAAGUAAGACGUCUAAGGAUUAAAUAAACAAGAAGUUGACUGAAUGAGAGGCUAUUUCAGAUGUACGGAAAUUGAUUGUACUUUAUUUGUAUUUUAAUAAAUAUUUCCUUUUUCUUC